CAGGGCGUGCAGGGCUGCUGUGUAACCAGCCCUCCAGCGUCGACAGUAACGUUAUCGAGUUAGCGGUGUUCUCCGUCGUCAACGCAAGCUUGAAGCAGCUGCGCGUUCUCAUCGCGACAACACCAGCCGCAGGGCUGUCACUUUCGACAUCUCCAUGGCGUUGCCGGCAGAGCUGAUUGUCGCCAAGACGACGCUGUCGGGCGCUCUCUUCCGCGCAGACCCGCGGCCGUGCUCGCGCGACGACAUCGAAUCGCUCCUCGCCCUCCUCGACUUGACCAUCGCCGAGUGCUCGCCCCCCAACGUCCAGAGAUGCAAGCAAUGGGCUCUCAGCAACCUGGUUUCCUCGUCCGCGCGCGUUGCCCCGUUCUGCAAGUACCUGGUCGCCCUCGCCGGCUCAUUUGGAGGUGAGAAGGAUGCGGCUGCUGCACCUGCCGCCCUCGGCUCAAAGCGGUCUCGCAUCCCGUCGGCGAAGCGUCGGCGUCUUCAUGUCCUCUACAUCCUGAGCGACAUCCUCUACCACGUCAAGCACCGCAACCGCGACGAUGCCUUCGCCCAGAAGGUGGAACCGUUCCUUCCCCCUCUGGUCAGGAGUGCGGCAUCUUUUCACAGCUGCCCGAAGCACAUCCGGAAGCUCCACGAUCUGGUCGGGCUCUGGGAAGAAAACGGGUAUUUCUCGCCUAGCCUCACGCAGCAGCUGCAUACCGCGAUCGACGAGGGCCCGUCGUCCGGGGCGGAGGCCCGCAACGGCGACGAGGUUGAUAACUCGACCAACUCGAUCGCCCAAGCCGCAAAAAACGCCCCGUGGGUCAUGCCAGCAAUGCACGGCGACCCUUCGACGCCUUGGUACGAUCUGCCCGCCGGCAACUGGCUCCCGGUGCUCGAGCCGAACUCAACCCGGCCGAUGAACCCCUCGAUGAUCAAGCCUCUGGUGCUAUCUCGUGGCCCGGCCGACAAGACACUGGUGGAGGCGGUCAAAAGCCUGCUCAGCGACGUUGACAGGCUCUAUUCCAAAGAAGCGAACUUUGAUGAGCCGUCUCCGAACAUUGGCCGGCUGGGCGAACGCGUCGAGAUCGACGAGAUUACCGGCGAGAUCAUCGGCGGCGAUACUUACUACGGCUGGUCCCGGGCAUUUUGCGAAAAGAUGAAACGUCGGAGACGAGAGCGCAGUGGCCGCAGUGAUCGCAGCGGGGACGAAGGGAGUCGCGGCAGAGCUCGGUUGUCGCGAUCUGACAGCCGGUCCGAGAGCCGAUCGCGCAGUUGGCGGCGGGCUCGCAGCGGGACCUCGAGUCGGAGCCCGAGCCGCCCCUCUUACAAGCGCCGGCGACUCUCAGCCUCCCCACGGGAUGACAGGCGUCGUCGAAGUCGGAGCCGGACCCCGAUCAACCGUAGCAGGAGCCGAAGCUACCGGGCAUCACGGAGCCGGUCACGUUCUCCGCCACGACGGCCGUCGAGGUCCAGGUCUCGUGGCCGAGGAUAUCGACGGUCAGGCGACGAUCAAGGCGACAAGUACCAAACGAGGAGUCCAAGCUACUCUCCCGCCCGGUCCAGAAGCCGAUCAUGGGAUCGAUCUCGAUCUCCACCUUCUCGCUCCGUCGGGGUUCCGCAGCCGCCAGGAAACGGAUUCAGACCCCCUCCACCUGGAAACUGGAAUCAACAACAGCCGCCCCAGCCACCACCUUCGAUGCCGUAUCCGGUACCCCCACCAGCAAUCCCUCCCCAACCCGGGUUCGGCUUCGGCUUCCCGGUGCCCCCACCACCGCCCCCCAAUUAUCAGGGUCCGUGGCCCCCCGUCCCUCCGCCCUUGCCGCCGCCACCAGCAGCCGGCACGCACCCGCUGAACUUCAUCGCCCCUGGAGGGCACGCGGUCCCGCCACCUCAAUUUUCAGGCGCAUGGCCCCCGCCUCCACCGCCGCCUGCACCGGCGGACCCCCGGAGCGAGUUCCAUCAGCAGGGAGGACGCGGAGGUGGGGGGUAUCAGGCUGGCGGCUACGGCCGAGGUGGCUGGCGGUAGCAGCAUUGAAAGAACGCACCGCACGAGCGGAGGUUGCUCGCUGGGGACGGGAAGGACGGCGCAUAACGCCAAUUCUGCAGCUAUCCCGUCAAAGCUGGGAUGUUCUGCAGCGUUGUCUGUGUAGUUGAUGUAACUGCGUGAGGUGCGCUAGCUAGCCAGCGCCUGGACACCUC